UGGAAAGUAAAUGGUUGACGGGAGGCGGAGCUGAGGGGGAAACACAAGUGUGUGUGUCUGUGUGUGUGUGUGUGUGUGUGUGUGUUGUUGAAACCAACGCACUCGGGGAGUGCCGACAACAGGAAUGAGAACACCUGUCGUCUCCACGCGGGGACCCGCCGAGGAGCUCACGGGGACGCGCUGCGCACACAGGUUCCCUGAACGCAGCACCGGGAAGUCCGCGGCUCUUGGAGGCUUUUAAAAAAAAUAUAUAUUAUGGGAACGUUUCCUCGCGCGACGCCAAAUGAGUCCUAGACGCCGCGCAGCCGCAGUCGCGCUCGCGCUCGUGGCCUUGGUGGUGGCCCCGCUGCUGCUGGAGAGCGCCACGCAAUGUCACGUGAAGGAGGAAGGAGGAAGCGGGAUCCCAAAUGGUACGUUUGAUCAGGCCGAGGGGAGCUGUCCCGUGAAGCUGACCUCCGGCCUGACCCCCGCGGCCUCCGGGGGGGUCUACUCUGAAUGCGUCACCGUCCGCGUCGCGCUGAGGGCCGAUGAUUUCAGCAAGGCCCCGAAGAUCGAAGUCCUCUCCUCGGGCCUGACGAGUGAAUUACAGAUAAUUAGCCCCAUCUUGAAGAAGAGGAAACAAAUAAAGUGUGACAAUCAGAGGAGGCCGGGCGUAACAUGCGUCAAGUGUCACGGAGGACGAGGCAGAGACGGCAUUGCUCUGUGGGAGCUGGUACAUAAUUGUGUGGAGGCCGAAGCGGACGCUGUUGUUUCUGCGUCCUUCAUCACGAGGGAGAGAAGCUGCAGCGUCAGUUACAAAGUGCCAGAUCCCGUCCCACACUUCGAUCUGUCCGUGAACCAGUCGUCUAAAUCCAUCUCUGUCACCGUGCAGCCCGGAGACAAAGUUCACGCCAGGUGGUGUUACCGGAAAUACGGCACGGUGUGCACGGCGAAGGCCCCGCCCCCUCCCAUCACUAUCGAUUCGUCCGUGUCCCGAGUCGCUCUCCUCGCCGUCCCGUACCUGCUGCCCUGUGUGUGUGUGCAGGUGUACUACGCCCGCACGGACUCCAAGCGCCGCGUGAAGUGCCCGUUUCUGACCCAGAGCCUCUCAGACGUGGGAGACGUCUGGCUCUCCUCUUCGGUCACGCUGCGCGAGGCGAGCGCCACGUGGAGCUCCCCGUGCGCCGCCCGCGACCUGGAGCUCUCUGCCUCCCUCUGCUGGAGGCGCCGGGAACAGCUCUGCACGCCGGUCCUCAACUCCACCCUGGAGGAGAUGGGAGAUGGAGCUGACCUGGUGGUCAACACGUCUGCGGUGGACAAACACCCUCAGAUGUGUCUGCGGUUCUCCCUCCCAGGCGGCGAACACAUCUCUUGCCCCUUUGAUGCCGACAUGUCCUCGUGGGAGGUGACCCUCGGCCCGGGCCGGAGGAGCGUGUACCUGUACCUCUCCUCCUCGGUUCCCGCGGCGUUCUCCGCCCAGCUGUGUGUCCCGCGGGGGAGGGGGUGCUCUCCCGUGGGGCGAGUCCACUCGGCGACGACGGAGAAUAAUUCUGCCGACGCGACGAUUAAUGUGCCUCUUCUCCUGGUUGCCGAGGAGCCGUGUGUGCAGGUGUGGCGGUCACAUCCUGCUCUACUUGGUCGACGAGUUCUCUGUCCGGACUACACACACCUCCGAUGGGGCCUGGUUGCCGUGGCAGCGCCGGUGUUCCUGGUUAUUGUCGCGUUGCUCGGCGUUCUGAUCCGGCGCCUCGCCAAGAGCGGAGCGGCAGGUUGGCUCUGCGUCCAGGAGCCGGUGUUGCUGGUGUGCUCGUCGGAGCGCUCGGCCCACAUCUCGGCCGCGUGCUCCUUGGCCUCGAUCCUUCAGGGCGACCUCGGCGCCAAAGUGCACAUGGCGUCGUGGGCCCAGAGCUCGCAAACGCCGGCCGGCACCGGAGUGGCGGAUCUGGGCCCGCUGCCCUGGCUGUACGGGCGCUGGGAGGCGGUGCGCCGGGCCCGCGGGAAGGUGCUCAUCGUCUGGAGCCCCGAAGCCACGAGGGCCUACGCGGCGUGGCGGGAGGAGAGGGCGACGAGAGCGGAGAAGGACGGGCGGACGAAAGCGGACGAUGGCGGCGGAGCGGAGGAGACGAGCGCCGAGGCGGGAGAGGAGUCGAAAUGGAACGGGAGGAGAGGCAAAGGAGAGGGCGCCGCAGGACGCGAGGAGCGAGACAUCCAGAGGGAGUCCUCUACGGUGACCGCGGCCGUGUUCGCCGCCGCGCUGGCCUGCCUGGAGGCGGCGCUGCAGGAGGGCAAAGGUCAAGGAGUGGCCCUUGUGUACUUCCAGGGCCUUUGCCACAGGAGGGACAUCCCGAAGGCCUUCGGGGGGGUCCCGCGGUACCGCUUACCCCGGGACUUCCGGGGUUUGAUCCAGGAGCUGGGCGGCAUGAGGAGGCCGGCGGAGAGCUGCUGGCCCCGGCUGCUGGCCAAGGCGCUGUCGGUGCGGCUGGCGCAGCGGCUGACGGGCCGGCUGCGAGCGCUGCUGCCGCGGCGGAGGAAAACGGCCGAGCCGGGGGCGAGCGGCGCGGCGGGAAGCGGGCGGGAGCGCGAGCCGCUCCGCGGGGCGCCGCGGCUAGCGGAGGAGGAGGAGGAGCUCUGAUCUCCGGUUUCGAGACUUUUUUUUGUUCCGCUGGAAACACGACACGAGACACGGGAGACGGCGUUCCAACGCGUCAUUACACGUUUAAAAAAAUACAUUUUAAAAAAACAGAAAGAAGGAGAAGGCCACCACUCGUUUUGCAUAUUAAGAGUAUCAAGGCGCAUACUCGUGCCAGAGGGAACACCUGUCUUUACAUCUGUAUGUAAAUCUGCAAAGUAUAUCUUCUCAAAUUACAUCCCACUCUUCAUGAAAGCAUUUUUUGUUCACGUUAUGACUGCAGAAUACAGGAACACGUUUUUAUAAAGGGGGGCGUUGAGCCAAGGAAAGAGAGAGAGGCAACAGGUGAAAGAUUAAUAAGCAGCUGGCAUCGUGUGAGCGACCAUUCGGCAGUUAAUGUGUUCAUGUGUUACGAUGUUUGCCUUUUGCGACAGGAGGCAUGUUAUUCCAUAUAUGCACCUGUAUUACCUCUUAAGAACAAAGUGUAAAUUCCUCAAAGAAGAAGAAAAAGUUCACUCUUUCAAGCAUACUACACUUCCUUAGCGAACAUUUGAUUGGCAUUAAAACAUUUUUUUUAUGGAAGAUAA